GUCGUGACGCUUCUCUGACGUCGGGAGGGGACGGAAGCGAUGCAGCUCGUGUGUUCCUCGAUCAGCUAAUCCGUGUUGAUGAUGCAAAUGUUUCCUAAAUCAGAUCACAUCAUGGUGAUGUUUGAUUGAAAACUACCGUGCGUCAUUAUUCAAAUUUGUUUUCCUGCCGAGCGGAGAGAUGGAUCCGUCCCGGAGGAGCGAGAGCGACUGGCAGGCACUGGUCAACGAGUUCCUCAUUUGUAAGCAGAAGUUGGAGAGUAAGAAAGAAGCUCUUCUGAUUCUGUCGAAGGAGCUGGACACCUGCCAACAGGAGAGGGAUCAGUACAAACUGAUGGCCAACCAGCUGCGUGAGCGACACCAAGGACUCAAGAAGAAGUACAGAGAACUCAUUGAUGGAGAUCCCUCUCUGCCUCCUGAGAAAAGGAAUCAAGUGAAUUUAGCUCAGCUACUGAGAGACUCCAGAGAAAAAAACAGUCAACUUGCUGAGGAGGUGAAGGAGCUAAAACAACGACUGGUGGAAGCUCAAGGUGAUAACAAGCUUUUACGAAUGACCAUUACCAAACAGAGGCUGGGAGACGAGGAGGUUGGCGCUCGACACUUCCCUGCUCAUGAACGAGAGGAUCUGGUCAGACAGUUAGAAAAAGCCGGAAAGCAGAAUGAGGUACUGGAGCACAGCGUUAAGUCGCUUACAGACGAGCUUCAGGACGUACGAGCAGAGCGCGACGUGUUUCAGCAGAAAGCUCACCGUCUUAAUAUGGAAAUGAACCACAUUUUGGGCAACGAUGAGAUACGCAUUUUAGACAUAGAUGCACUCUGCAUGGAGAACAGGUAUUUGCAUGAACGGUUCUGUCAACGUCAAGAGGAAAUCAAUUUGCUCAAAACAAACCUGGUGAAGUACAAGAGUGCCCUGGACUGUAGGAAAACCUCUAAAAUCUGUGGGAAACCCAACAGCAGUGCACUGACUGGGGUGCUCUCUGCUAAACAAGUGAAGGAAUUGUUACUGUCUGAAGAAAACGGCUGCAGUUUGCCCGUGACUCCUCAGUCCAUCUCAGACCUCAAGUCACUCGCCACAGCGCUGCUUGAAACCAUCCACGAGAAGAACAUGGUGAUUCAGCACCAACGCCAAAUCAACAAGAUUCUUGGAAAUCGAGUAGCAGAGCUGGAGAAGAAACUAAAAACAUUAGAAAUGUCUGGAAUAUGGAGCCUGCCAGGCCUGACUUAUAAUGUGUCUCUGGGAAUAUCUGGAAGAGGAAAAGACACCAUCAUCCUGCAUACCCAACAGGCUGACUCAGCAGAGUCUAAUGGACAGGAAGGUGAUGAAGGCUCAGAAAAAAGGUCUGUCGAUCAGCAGAGCUCCACAGAAGUCCCAAUCCAAGAGAGUGGACCACCAGCUGUGUCAGGCAGUCAAGAGGAGCUUCCUGAGGAGACCCCAUCCAGCGAGGAGACGUGCCCGCCGUACCUCUCGUACCAGUCAGCUGAGGAAGAGCCAGUCAGCCCUCAGACAGAAACACCAGACAGUGAAGAGUGUCAUGAAAGUGGUCAAUCACAGGUAACAACUGAUUUAACUGAUUUAACGAGUCACCGGUCAAAAGAAGAGAAGUGUGUGAGUGAUUCUUCUCCCACACACCAUCCGUCAGACCUUUGCCACUUACAGCAAACCUUAGAGAACUCUGACCCCACAGGAGGAGGAGAGAAUGACUCAGAUGAAUGCACAGAAGGGGUGGAAACUGUUGAAACCGAGGCAAAAAUCAAAAGCACAAUAUCCAGUGCUGCCACUACAAGGCAGGCUGACUUCCAGACGAACCAGGAGAAAGAGCUUUCAGAUGGGACAGAUUCUUGUGUUAGUCAGGAAAUGUCAAGUCUUUCAUGAGCCGCUGACAGGUUGCAGAGCAUCGGGAGAAAUCCUCAGCAGUGUUUCCUCUAGGGGUUUUUUUUCGGGGGGGGGGUUAGGGUUUACAGAAAGUUUGCUGAUCCUGGACCGCCCCGACUUCCUGCCAGAUCAGCAAACUUUCUGUUACCGCUGUUACACAGGUUAGACCCACUGGCCGCCAGCACGCUGUGCUGGCUAAAUUCAAGUUACUAUAGCCGCUAACUGAAGGUCCGUCUCCGGAGCUGCCGCCCACUCUCCUCCCAGCGAAGUAAUCUCCUAGCAGCGGGGAGGGAUGCACAGGGGCCGCUGGGUGUGCUAGCUAGCAAAAGCGGACUUUGAGUGUGAUUGACGUCCUGUCACUGUUCCAGUUGCUCAUCCUCACAGUGGAGAGAGUGCGGACAACCGUUCGUUUUGAGUUCAGUAGAGCAGACGGCUCAGCAGAGGCGUAUAAUUGCAACUCCAUGACAUUUCAUAAAAUUCUGAAACAGCGGCCUUAAUAAUUUUGCAGCGGCGGGCCUAGGUAACACUGCUCAGAAACAUAAGGACGAGUAAUGCAUUUGUAAUAUGAGGUUACUUUAUUUAUUUUUACGAAUAAUGAAAACAUUUGGAGAAAGUGACACUACUUGUUGAUAUAGAUGCCUUGGGUUAAAACAGCGGUCCCCCUAAGUAUUAUUCCACAGCAGGGAUGUGCACAGACAUUUUGGGGGGGCGUAGGCUCAAGUAAAAAAUGAAAACCAAUUAUUGUGACACUACAUUUUUUUCUCAUUAAUGUAACCCUGUCAAAGUAGUAAGCAAUAAGAGUAAAGCUAAAAUAAAUCUUAGCGUUUGCCCUAACUGUCUGUAACUGAUUUAUCUAAUUCCUGCUUUCAUUUGAUCCAUUUUGAGUCUCAUACAUGGCCCAAAGAAUGUCACAAUCUGAACAUAACACCCGAAUGUGAUUGCUCAACAGUAAUGUUACAACAACCUUCACUCUACUGGGAUUGUUUUUCCACAAAAUUUUGGAACAAACAUUUGCUCCCAUUCAGCCAGAAGAGCAUUAGGUUGGGCAAUAAAGCCUGGCUCGUAGUCCAGUUAAUCCAAAAGGUGUUGGAUGGGUUUGAAGUGAGAACUCUGUGUACGUCAUUCAAGUUCUUCCACACCAUUGUCAUGUUGACACAGGAAAGGGUUAUUCCCAAACUGUUUGCCACAAAGUUUGAAGCUUUACAUGGUGUAUGUAUCGGCGCUGUAGUGUGGAGAAACUGUGAUUUAUGGUGAUAAAAAGUAGAAAAAGGGCCGUGGAAUGAGGCUGAUAUGGCUAUCAUGCUACAAAGGUGUGAUGAUUGAGAUUUUUUUUUUUUGCUUAUGAACUUAACAGUGAAGAAGAAUGUAAUUUGCAAACGGUUUCUGCUGUUAACUCUGGAGUAAGACACUGAUUCAGGUUUCACAUAGAAAUGUUGUUUCUUUGUUAUUCUUCUGUCUCAGACUGUGUUGUAUGUACAGUCAAUUCUGUAAAGUGCCCUUGGGAUUUGUGAAAGGCACUAUACAGUAUACAUGUAGGUUAUUAACAGAAAUGGACAAUAACUUAAGAGAGUAAAAUGUGUUGUUGCUUAGAAAUUAAAGCUUCCUCCAACGUUAAACAAACCAUAUCUUAUUGAUCACUACGUCAACAAAUAGACAUCCAGCUGUUGUGAUUUAAGAUAAGCAGCAGCAGCUUUAUUUUGUUUCUUCAAACAUUAUAAAAACAUUUCCCAACAGUUUUAUUUCUUAUUGUCUUGAAUUUUAAAAUGUGGGACAUUUUGCUUUUCUAGCUAAGCACUCUUAUACAAGUUUUUAUGUUUAAUAAAAAAACAAUAGUAUGAAAGCUAUACAAAAUGUUGCAUAUUUAUUGAUUAAAAGGAAGUUGCAUUUUCGUUAACCCAUACUCUUAUUUGAUUCCUUGAAAGGCAUCUUCUAAACUUAUAUUUAAUUAUUUACAAGAACACCUUAGUUAAGAAUACAUUUACAGAACAUGUGAGUCUGUAACACAAUGAAGCCAAACCAUGUAGAUUACCAGCACUGAUGUCUUGGUUGUCUUUUUGUGGUGAACAAUAUUAACUCACAAGAUAGAAAUUACUAGUACUAGUACUUAGAGCUAUGUGUUUCUGUUGAAUGUGUGCAAAAAUGGAUUGGUUUCUGCAAAAUAAAAGAUUUUCAACUACA